AUGGAUUAUAUUAGAAGCUUUGAUAUUCGUCUUGAAAAAACAAUCUAUUACCCUGGUGAAUUAAUAUCUGGAUGUAUUAUAUUAGAUAACUGCAAAGACAUUGAAAUUCAAAAUAUUUUUGUGGCACUUCGUGGAAAAGCAGUUGCUUAUUUAAAAACAAUAAGAGGAAAUGAUAGAAAAAUUGUAACUGACUACCAGUAUUUAUUAAAUCAUAGCAAAAUUGUACUUGGUAAAGAAUUUGAAAUAGUGGAACGUAAAGAAUCAUUAUUAAAAAGUGAUCGUAAAAAUUCAACAAAUAAUCAAUCAAAAUAUGAAUCGCAAUCAACAACAAUACUUUCUAAAGGAUCUCAUAUAUUUGACUUUAGUUUUAAUUUGAAAAAAGAAAAUUUACCAUGUUCAUUAGAAACAAAAUAUUGCACAAUUCGUUAUUAUAUUAAAGUUAUUAUUAAUAUAUCCAAAAACACAUCUCCCCAAGGAAUAAAAUAUAUAACAAUCAUUGGCCCACAAUUGGAUUGUAUGGAAGAAAAGUAUAUGUCAUCAAUUAUAUCACAAGACCACAGAUUAAAAUGUCUUCGAUUUUGUCAACGAGGUUCAAUAGGUUUAAGAAUGAAUUUGAGACGUUGUGCUUAUGUUGGUGGAGAGAAUUUAUGGUUGCGGGCAGAUAUUGAAAAUUGGCAACAUUUUGUAGUAUAUUUAAAAAUACGUCUUUAUCAGAAUGUUGAAAUAAGAAUUGAUAAAAGAAAUUAUUCUGAACAAAAACUUAUUCAAUCAUUAGCAAUGGAAUAUCGAUCUAAUGCUAUUUCUGAAAGUUCUAGAUAUAAUUUUGAUUCAACAAAAGAAUAUCCAAUAAAAAUUCCUGUUCUUCCACCUACAAUGAUAGGAAAUUGUAGAUUAAUACAAAUUUAUUAUACACUUAAAGUUUGUUUAGAAGAUGAAAAUCAAAAAGAAGAUUUAUUUUUAGAUUUUCCUAUUGUAAUUGGAACAAUUCCUUAUAGAUAUCCUCCAUCAAUGCAAGGAACAAUAUCAUAUGAAUUUUGUAUACCAUUUGUUGAAGGAGGAAAAUAUAUAUCACCUGAAUUUAAAUUAGGAGAUGAUAUAAAUGAUGAACAAAAAUUAUUAAAUAGAGAAUCAACAAUAUUAACUUUAAAUGGUGAUGAAAAUGAUAUACCAAAGUUAUCAUAUUUUGAAGGAAAUUUAGAAGAUGACCAAGAAUCAGAGUAUGAUUAUAUACUUUAUAGACCAGUAUAUGUAAAAUAUAAUGAAAAAAUUAACGAAAAAGAUUUAGGAAGAAUGAGAAUAUAUUCUAUUAAUGAAAAAUUUAGAAAUAAAACAAAUUCUUCUUUAAGCGAUUUACCCUCAAUUAUUCCUAUAACCAAAAUACAUCAAGAAUCUAUUAAAAAAUGA